AUGCCGACCAUGCGUGCACAUCUCCGCUCUUCGGACUCAGUCGACUUCGAGCAUACAGAAACUAUGCGGGACAUGGAGGAAUUGAGACAUGCAGAAAAGGAAUACGUUGGUCCAAAAGAUGAACUACCAGUCCUGUUCUCAGCCACAUAUCCGGGCACUACCGCCGAUCGCGUACCAGGAGCACUCACGACAACUACGAGGACGCCGCGCAGCAACUCCAAAACUUCCAAUAUCAGUGCUACCAGCGAUAAGAUUACUGUGUUCAGAGAUAACGAGAACGAUGCGCCUCCGGUCAUCUCAAAGUCCAAGGCUGGUCAAUCCAGCCACAUAGAGAACUCUCAAAGCAUCACAAACCCUGUCAAAAAGGAUGUGCCGAGCACUGCUCGUCUUACAAGCAAUCUUGCCCUAUCGACUGAUAUAGACGUGGACCUAAAAAGUCCUGCCCAAUUGCGUCGCGCAUCUUCCUGGCGAACUGGCUUUCCAAGAAGUUAUGGCAGAGGGCCGCUUCACACUUGCACCACUUCCGCACCAAUUCUCACGACUCCAUCUGGUCCACGACACUUGCCACCGAACAAAGCGAAGCGGAUCCCGCUGGGUGACCAAGCCGAGGAAGUGUUGGUCACGACCGAUGCCAUUACACAGUACGUCAGAAACGCUCCUUUCUUUCCAGCAACGAGGGUGCUACAAGCGGGUCGUGUAGAUGUGGAGAUGGGACUCAACGGUGCUCGAAAAGUGGUGUCGCGCAUACCCACCAAAUUCGGCGAUGAGUCCACACAGUCCAAGACUCGCCAAGGUACACCUAUUAGGAAGUCAAGAGCUGGUUCUGGAAGUGGUACUUCUCGCAAUCGGAGCGGCAGCAAGAGUCGGAGUAGAAGCGGAGGUCGCCGCCCAACUACGCCUGGUAUUGCGAAGUCGCAUGAGGUGCCGCAUAUAGUCGCGCGGAAGAAAUGGGAUUCCUGA